UGUUGUUUUUAUUUAAUGGCAUUGACCCGGAAGCUACGCGACACUUCCGCUUUCGCGGGGUUCUUCUGUUAUUUGACAGCUGCAGGUUGUGUAAGGAAGGACGCACGUGAGCGCACCAGUCCAUACAUCAUAUAGAACAGUGUUUGUAAGUGGAAAUGUCGAGCCUGUCAGCAGCCAGUGUGGAGGCUUCACCAGCAAUAGAGGGGGCAGAGCAGAAGAAACCUCUCAAACCAUGCUGUGCGUGUCCUGAGACCAAAAAAGCACGAGAUGCCUGCAUAAUUGAUAAGGGAGAGGAAAGCUGCACAGACCUCAUUGAAGCACACAAGGAGUGCAUGAGGGCACUUGGUUUUAAGAUAUAAUACCACCACCACCACCAUCAUCAUCAUCAUCUGAUUGAGUGAAUGUGUGUGACAACCUGUGUGAAAUGGGAUCCGGUGUGCUCUUUUAUUUAUAUUUUUACACUGCAGGGAAGAUUAUGCGGGGCUGAAUUUAUUUCUCUGAGGGAAAUGUCUGUCUUUUCUUUCUCUUUCUUUCAUAUGUGAUUUAUGUACAUUUAUGGACAAUAAAGAUCCUAUGCAAGAUGUUAACCCA